GCCAACUGCAGAAACAGAGAGAGAGAGAAAGACACACACGCAACACGGGGUGGAGCAGAAAGGUUAGGUUCCCUUCUGUCCCCAAACUCCAACAUCGUCUACCCUCUUUCCACCCACCCCCACCACCCCCCCGCCUCAAUCCCCGCCAACGCCAGAAGCUGGAACCCAACCUGGCACCCUGUUGUGCAAUGAUGACCGAGCCCCGGGGUGGAGGGCUCUGAGCAAGGGUGCCGGGAGGGAGGAGGCAACAGAAGACGAGAUGACGGGCUUAAGAGAGGUGGAGAGGAGCAGCCCACGCCAGAGGUGCUACAAUUGAUUGUGAGAAACUGGGAGUGGAGAGACAGGGAGACAGACAGAGAGGAGAAUGGAUGCAGUAGACACGGCGGACACAGGGGGGGAGAGGCGGACGGCCGUAGCCCAGCUCAGUGACCCAGCCUGCCCAGGCAGCCGCUCUGAGCCCCCGCAGGAAGAUCCCACGGAAGCGGCCAGAGGAGAAGGGCUGCUCGAUCACUCGGAGCUCGCUGCCGAACACACGGACACCAUCUCCGUCGGGAUGAGGGGCGGAAACGCAGACGGAGUCAGUCAGAAUGUAACACCGCCUGUGCCAACUUGCUCAGGAUCCGAGUGCCCCACAGAGCCCUGCCUGGGUCGACGCAGCGACAGUGACCAGGAGGGUUCUGCGGUGACCGCAGAUCAAUCAACAGACGCCCCCUCCCAGGGUGGCCAAGCGAGCCCACCCGAUGACCCUGCAGGUGGGAGGCAGGAGGAUGGAGGACCCCAGGCCCGGGAGGGCUGCAAUACGGGCAGCAUGAAGCCCCUCCGACGCUCCCUGUCACUCCUGGACGCCAGCGGCAGAAACAAUACCAUGAAAAGGCUAACCCCGGAUUUCAGUGACCGUGAAGUGUUUUUUGACCUGGUGUGGGAGGUGCAGAGCAGGCGCCUCAAUGACCAGCGAUGCUCGUUCAGGAGGGUCAGGGACCGUCGGCUUUAUCGAUCGAUGCCCUCAUCACCGCUGGACAGAGAGAAUUCUAUCUUCACCUCCAUGUCCUCUCUGCAAACCGAGGAAUUCUUCGACCUCAUCGCCUGCUCCCAAAGCCGUCGACUUAAUGACCAGCGAGCAGAUUUGGAGGACUGGCCCACUGUCGCACUCAGCACACCCUUCCCUGUGGAUGCCAUCGAGUAUCUGGCUCCCUUGGGAACCUGGGGGAGGUGCUGA